CUUUCCUUUUCUUUUUCUUUAUAAAAUUUCCCCCAAUUGUCAAAUUCAAAUUGCUGCUAAUAUCUCUGUUCCUUUCGCUUUGAAUUGAAUCCAAAUAAAGAACAUUAUCUGCUUCCAUUUCGUUUCCCUGUUUGAUUGUACGACAAUAAGUUGAGUCGGGAGGGGGAAAAUUGGAAGGAAAAAGAAAAGAAAAUGGAGGCAGCCAUGGGACUGAUGCGAAGAAUGCCGCCUCGCCAUUCCGAGACGACACUCUCCGCUCUUUUAAGCCUUUUGCCUCGCCACUCCUCCGAUCUCCUCUCUCAAGUCGAUCUCCCUCUCCAGGUUUUGCCUGAUGUGGACAGUGGAAAGAAGUUCAUUUUGUGUGAAUACAACAGAGACGCUGAUUCUUACAGAUCACCUUGGUCAAACAAAUAUCACCCACCCUUGGAGGAUGCGCCUUAUCCAUCUUCAAAGUUGAGGCAAUUGGAAAUUGAAGCUAACGAUAUCUUUACAGUCUAUUGUGACCAGUAUUAUGAGGGUGGCAUUUCAUCUGUCUACAUGUGGGAAGAUGACCACGAAUGUUUUGUAGCCUGCUUUUUGGUAAAGAAAGAUGGCUCAAAGACUGGGCAAGGGCGAAGAGGUUAUUUGGAGGAGGGAACUUGGGAUGCUAUUCAUGUUAUAGAGGUUGGACCUGAAGAAGAAAUGACUCGAUAUUGCUUGACUAGUACAGUCAUGCUGUCUUUGACUACAGAUGAUGUGUCAUCAGGCACUUUCAGUUUGUCUGGAUCUAUCAGAAGACAGAUGAACAUGAACCUACCAGUUGCUGAUGGUCAUCUUUCUAACAUGGGAAAGAUGAUAGAAGAAAUGGAGGGUAAGCUCCGGAACUCAUUAGAUCAGGUCUACUUCGGAAAGACGAGAGAGAUGGUUUGCACUUUACGACCGCCUAAUGAGGUGGUGCAGAUGAGAUUGCCUAGCAGUUGAUUUGGGUUAUAUGCCAUAAGAAGUUAAUUGUGUGAUACUUGCUUUACUAGAGUGACCUCAGAGUAUGCUUUGUGUAUGAGAUGUAUGUAUUUGAAAGGUCAAAUUGCCGGCCAGGAUGGUCCCGGCCUUGUCUCGAGAUA